GUUGCAAGUUGCUCUCUCCCUUUCUCCACAUUGAGAGACCGCGCCACUCUUGGUUAAUUGUUUUCUUUCUCCGUUUCUACUUUUUUUCUCGUGACCCAAGCGGCAGCGUCGGACCUGAAGCGAGUCGAACACAGGCAUGGCGACCAUCACCACCGUCUGAGCCAGCAGCAGAGGGCCGUGCAGCAACGCAUCCCCUGGCGCCCAUCGAGGACAGAGACAGGUUGCGGAGAAGCAACAGCAACAGCAGCAGCGGUGGGAGCGACCGUGGCCGCGGCGGGCGGCAAAGGCAGCGACAGCGGCAGUGGUAGCCGUAAAAGCAGCGGCAUAUCGGCAAGGCUACAGAGGAGGAGAAGCGGCCUGGGUGCCCUUGCUGCCGGUAAUGGAGGUGGAUCUCAAUCCAUCCUCGCCUUCGCCCAGUAGCAGCGGCAGCAAUCGCUCGUCGCCGUAUCGCGUCGUCGCCAGCCCCUCGGCCCCGACCUUUGCCUCGGCUUCUUCCAGCUCGACGGCGCUGGGCCCCUGGACGAACACGAGGAAGCGGCGGAGGAGCAGCACGGGCGGCCACGCCAGCGGGCUCUACAACUCUGGCUUUCUGGAAGGCAGCCACGAUGACCAACAUCAGCGCGAUUCGAAACGACAAGUGCCCGGUGCUGGGUUGCCAGGCUCCCCCAUCGUCGACGAGCGGCACCAUUUCCGGUCUCUUGGCUCUGCCUAUGACGCAGACGGCAUGGGCCUCGAGGGCGACUACGGUGUCGACUCGCCCAUGCAGACGUUGACGCUGGCGAGCUUGGACACAUGCGAAGAUCUGUGCGAUGACGAAGCGAUAGCGCUACGUCGUCACGAGGACGACAUUGACAUGGAGCAGGGCGAUCGGAGCCAUCACCGCGUGCAUGCCAACCCGGCAACGACAUCCACAUUCAUACCCCGGCAAGUCUCUCGCAACUUGCGCGCCUCCCACAUACCCGCACGUCCCUCGCCCCUCGCACGGAGCAACGUGCUCGAGUCGGGCAACAGCUCGCCGUCGUCUGCUUCCAAUUCGCCCCGUCAGCGUCGCUCUCCCUCGUCCUCGCCUGGCCGGAACGUGGGAUCACCGGCUUCGUCAGGCACGGGCGAGGCCAGCAGCAAGCUCACACAGAUGAGCAUUCCAGCGCGAACGCCUUCGCCACUACCCUACGACGCCGUCCCCGGUCGCGCAGCAGCGCAGCUGAACCCGAGCCCGGGCCUCAGCCAAAGGGAAUUUCCCGGCGCAAAGCAGAUGCUCAAGUAUACAAUGGGUUUCCGAGAGGACUGUGAACUGUGCCGAAGUAGAACUCCCGGUCACUAUGGACACCUCGUCAGUCGCAAUUAGACCUUCUACACAUCCGAUGGCUAUCGCCCCCACAUUAGUAUUUAGUUUUUCUCUUCAAAUGCGUCGCCAGCUACCGAGACCAUCGUCAUAUCGCCAUCAUCCAUGUACAUUCUCUCACACUCAUGUCUCUCAUGAAACCUCAACAAUCAGCACAAGAGCACUC